UUGUUAGUGCGUUUUAACGAAGUGAAUCCAUAUUUUCUAUUUGAUCUGCGAAUUUUUUAUAAUACAUGUAUUUUGGAAGUGAUUAUUUAAAUAUAUUAUAAAAUAUUUUAUUGUGAAAUUAUUGCAGAAAAAAUAAAUAAAUUUGCUGAAAUAUAUUUGUGAAUUUAAUUGAAUUGAAUUAAUCAGAAUAAUGAGCGCUCAGCCUAGUCCCUGCAUUAAUCCACAAACAGAGCAGGAAAAGGUGUUUCAAUGGAUCAAUGAGCUUUCAAAUCCAGAUACACGUGAAACUGCUCUAUUAGAGUUAAGUAAGAAACGUGAAACCGUCACAGAUCUCGCACCAAUGUUAUGGAAUAGUUAUGGAACUACAGCAGCCCUUUUACAAGAGAUUAUUAACAUUUAUCCAUCGAUUAGUCCUGCCACACUUACUGCACAUCAAUCGAAUCGGGUUUGUAAUGCUCUCGCAUUAUUACAAUGUGUUGCAUCACAUCCCGAAACGCGCACAGUGUUCCUACAGGCACAAAUACCACUGUUCCUGUAUCCAUUUUUACAUACAACAUCAAAAACAAGACCAUUCGAAUAUCUUAGGUUAACAAGUUUGGGUGUGAUUGGAGCACUUGUUAAGACUGAUGAACAAGAAGUGAUAACUUUUCUCUUAACAACUGAAAUCAUUCCACUCUGCUUAAGGAUAAUGGAAUCUGGUUCAGAAUUGAGUAAAACUGUUGCCACAUUUAUUUUGCAAAAGAUUUUGUUAGAUGAAAGUGGUUUGUCCUAUAUUUGCCAAACGUAUGAGCGAUUUUCACACGUUGCUAUAAUUUUGGGUAAAAUGGUCAUACAACUUGCCAAGGAGCCGUCUGCACGUCUUUUGAAACAUGUUGUUCGCUGUUAUUUGCGAUUAUCCGACAAUCCAAGAGCACGUGAGGCUUUACGACAGUGUCUUCCUGAUCAAUUGCGUGAUAGUACUUUCUCGGCUUGUCUCCAGGAUGACAAAUCCACUAAGCAUUGGUUACAAUUGCUUACUAAAAAUUUAGAAUUAGUUGGCGUUAUUGUUCCAGAUCCUCGACAAAUGGGGAUGUCACCAUUGGGAUCGUAAGUGUAAGUCAACAAGAAAGUAAUUAUAUCGCAACUUAAUUACAGUCCAGAUUAAGCAUUAAACGAAGCAGAAAAACUUUUUUUACAUCAUAGAAAAAAUCAAACCACAUAUAUCUUAGCAUAACAUCUAAAAUUAUCAACAAUAACUUAACAAUACAUACAAUUUUUAACAAAGAAUUCGUGAUAAAUAUGAAAACUAAAUAAUAUAUAUGCAAAUUAAUAAGAAUAUAACCAGAGGAGACUGUUUAAAAUAUGUUUAAAAAAAUAUUAAAAUAAGAAAAAGAUAAAAUAUAUAUUUGAAUAUUUUUUAAGAAAUGGUACCUUAAUGCGAAAUUAACAUGGAAUAUAAGUAAAGAUACAUUUAUUUAACAUAUAAAUUUUAAUUAAUACAUAAAUUACAAAAAAAAAAAAAUUGGA